AUGCCUGCAUAUCCUAGUCGGCGGAUCACUUCCCUGUUCAAGGUGCAGUCACGGCUGAUCGACAUCAUGCAGCCAAUGAACGCCACGGGUCCCUCUGCGGAGAAGUUCAUAUUGAAGGUGGCAGUUGCUUCCUGGGGUACGGGGAAGCCUUCAAGCUCCAAGUCCAGUGAAUCCAGCACGAUGCGCUCAAUCCUUGUGCUUGCCGCCGCCGCCAGCUUCGCCGCUGCUGAAACUGGCAUCGACGCCUGGCUGCGCUAUGCUCCCAUCUCUUCUCCUCCGUCUAGUCAGAAUUUACCUUCAAGCAUCAUUUCUUUGAAUGCUACGGCAAAUGGCCCGGUACAUAUGGCUGCUGUAGAGCUACAGAAAGGUCUUGCGGGCAUUUUGGGUCACAACCUCUCGGUCGUCUAUCCAGUCAGCUACCUGCCCGGUAACACCACGUCAUCUAUCCUCGUCGGCACAGUGGCAGAAUAUGCAAACUCUUUUGGCGGCUCUCCACAGAUCCCCAGCCUCGUAGAGGAUGGGUACUGGCUCAACACGACGGGCUCGACGGUCCAAAUCCUUGGCCACAAUGAACGAGGGGCGCUCUACGGUGCCUUCCAAUAUCUCUCAAUGCUUGCACAAGGCAAUUUUUCCAACGUUGCAUAUGCUUCCAACCCGGACGCGCCGUUACGCUGGGUGAACCAGUGGGACAAUCUGGACGGGUCGAUUGAGAGAGGAUACGGAGGCCCCUCCAUCUUCUUCACAAAUGGCACCGUUGUCAAUAACCUGGAUCGAGUUUCGGCUUAUGGUCGCCUCCUGUCAUCGAUAGGCAUUAACGCCAUUAUUGUCAACAAUGUCAAUGCCAAUGCCUCUCUGCUCACUACCGAGAACGUGGAAGGACUCGGAAGAAUCGCGGACGCGUUCCGACCCUACGGCGUGCAAGUUGGUAUUGCUCUGAACUUCGCCUCCCCAUCCGCCAAUCUGGUGUACGGUAAUCUCAGCACAUUCGAUCCACUUGAUACGGAUGUCAUCGCAUGGUGGACCAAUGUAACAAACGUUCUGUACGAACGCGUCCCUGACUUGGCCGGCUAUCUUGUCAAAGCCAACUCUGAAGGCCAACCUGGGCCUUUGACAUACAAUCGGACAUUGGCUCAAGGAGCGAAUCUUUUCGCCAAUGCCUUGCAGCCGCACGGUGGUAUCCUCGUAUUUCGGGCGUUCGUCUACGACAGCGUCAAUUUGAAUGAAUCCGUGUGGAAGGAGGACCGGGCAAAUGCUGCCGUCGACUUCUUCACCGGUCUUGAUGGCAAAUUUGCAGAAAAUGCCGUCGUGCAGAUCAAAUAUGGCCCCAUUGAUUUCCAAGUGCGUGAGCCUGCGUCUCCUCUGUUUGCGUAUCUGCAAAAUACGAGCACGUCAAUCGAGCUCGAGGUCACACAAGAGUAUUUGGGACAGCAGUGUCACCUGGUUUAUCUCCCUCCGCUGUGGAAGACAGUCUUGGACUUCGAUAUGCGAGCAAACCACACUCAGUCCCUCGUGCGCGAUAUCGUCACCGGCAAACGCUUCAAUAGACCCCUCGGUGGUGCUGCCGCUGUCGUCAAUGUCGGCACCAACGACACCUGGUUGGGGAGCCAUCUCUCGAUGUCCAAUUUGUAUGGGUAUGGUCGCUUGGCAUGGGACUUUUCGAGCGACCCGGAAGCAAUCUUACAGGACUGGAUUCGUCUCACCUUUGGCUCUAACCCGGAUGUCGUGGCCGCGAUCACCAACAUGUCCAUGUCGUCCUGGCCCGCUUACGAGAACUACUCGGGCAAUCUCGGCAUUCAAACCCUGACUGACAUUCUCUACACGCAUUUCGGACCCAAUCCCCAAUCCCAGGACAACAACCCGUGGGGUCAAUGGACCCGAGCAGACCACAAAACCAUCGGGAUGGACCGCACCGUGUCGAACGGGACCGGCUUCGCUGGCCAGUACCCCGCGGAAGUCGCGGCCAUGUACGAAAACAUCUCGACCACGCCGGACAAUCUUCUCCUGUGGUUCCACCACGUCAACUACACACAGCGGUUGCAGUCCGGCGAGACCGUCAUCCAGCACUUCUACAACGCCCACUAUGAGGGUGCGGACACCGCGCAGACCUUCGUCACGCAGUGGGAAGGCCUCCAGGGCAAGGUCGACCAGGAGCGGUAUAACGAGACCCUCUUCCGCUUGACAUACCAAGCAGGUCACUCGAUCGUCUGGCGCGACGCCAUCACCAACUUCUACCACAACCUCUCAGGCAUUGCCGACAGCCAAAACCGCGUAGGCAACCACCCGUGGCGUGUCGAGGCAGAGAGCAUGACCCUCAAGGGCUACGAGCCAUACACCGUGUCCCCGUUCGAGGCCGCCUCAAAUGUGACCGCCAUCGUGACGUCGGCAAACACCACGACGGGGACCGCGACGACCACGCUCAACUUCCCCAACGGCACGUAUAACCUCGCCGUCAACUAUUACGACCUGAUCGGCGGCAAGUCGCAGUGGACGGUGUCCGUGAACAACCGCCAGGUCGGAUCGUGGGUUGGGGACCUGGAAGACCGACUGGGCCAUGCUCCGAGCAUAUAUCUCGAUGGCCACUCCGCCGCCCGAAUCACAUUCCCCAACGUCACGAUUGCGCGCGGAGAUGUCUUGAAGAUCGUCGGCGUGGCAGACGGCAUCGAGCCCGCGCCGCUGGAUUAUAUCUCGGUCUUACCUGCGGGGGUGGUUGAUUGA